GAAUUAAUGAGUGUUACCGGGAGUGUUGAGCGGGAGGUGAGGAAGUCCAGGGCGGAACAAGACAAGGUCGGAUGUCCGUGAGCAGGCAGGAAGUCGGGGCGAUAGAGAGGCAUCAAAAGGUCCGUGUCCAGGAGGGAGGUCGAGAUCCAAGAGGGGCAGCCAGAGAACCAGAGAAGAACAACAGUCCAAGUUUUAACAUUAUGGAUCCGGACAUGGAGAACCUUAACCAAAUCGUGGAGAGUGUGGUUCUAAAUGAUGGAGCCAGCAGCCAAUCUGACACCUUGCCAGACAUAAUGAGAAUAAAAGAGCAGAUGUUCAACCAGUGCUUUGAGAUGGAAGUUCAACUAAAUGCAGCAGGGAGAAGUAAGAGAUCAUGCACUUCAUCUGAAGUGGAAAGAGAAUUGUUGGAAAAUGUCAGUGAGCUGGAGAGAGUCAAGACCAUUCAUUUUAACCGCACACUGGCUUUGCACAGAAUGCAGAUGUGGCACGCCAUCACCGAAAAACUGAAAGAGAAUAAUGCAGAGGCGGUCGAGCUGAAAGCCACCAGUGAUCGCUGCAUGAUGCUUUGCUCAAAUAUUAAACAACUUCAGCAAGAAUCAAGGAAUCUUCAAGAUGAUAUCACUGAACUCCAGAAAAAAAGACUUGAGCUGAAGCGUCUGAUGCAUGAGAAAAUGAAGGACAUUGACAACCUGAUGGUGAAGCGGGAGCACCCUGAUGCAGAAAAGUACAAAGCCGCCUUGGAGAAAGGUCGAGCAAACCUGAAGAGAUACAAAAAUAUGGCCAUCAUGACACAGAAUGUAUUCAGGGGAAUUCUGUUUGUGUGUAGAAUAAACUGGAUGGAGGAUCCUAAACUGAGAGACAUCGCCAUGACGCUGGAGGAACUUCCCAUCAGUGACUAAAGAAGUCGUCUUUUGUGUGCAUGUGUCUGUCUUUUGAGUGUUGAAUUAAAUAAAAUUAAAAAAACCAAUAGAACAUA